CCCCGCUCACCUCUCCCAGAGGGAGAACCCUCCGGGGUCUCCUAUAGCAGCAUCAGCCCCAGGCCCCUCCCAGAGUCUUGGUCUCAACAUCCACAACAUGACCCCAGCUACCUCCCCCACAGGUGCAUCAGGAGUAGCCCAUCGAAGCCAGAGCAGUGAAGGAGUCAGUUCUCCCAGCAGCUCGCCCUCCAGUAGCCUCGAAACACAAUCUCAGUCUCUCUCACGUUCCCAGAGCAUGGAUAUCGAUGGAGUCUCUUGUGAGAAAAGCAUGUCCCAGGUGGAUGUGGAUUCAGGAAUUGAAAACAUGGAGGUUGAUGAAAGUGACCGAAGAGAGAAAAGGAGCCUCAGCGAUAAGGAGCCUUCAUCAGGUUCUGAAGUGUCUGAAGAACAGGCCUUACAGCUGGUCUGUAAGAUCUUCCGUGUCUCCUGGAAGGACCGGGACAGAGAUGUCAUCUUUCCUUCUUCUCUUUCUGCACAAUUUAAGCAGAACCCAAAAGAAGUGUUCUCUGAUUUUAAGGACUUGAUUGGCCAGAUUCUAAUGGAAGUGCUAAUGAUGUCCACCCAGACUAGAGAUGAAAACCCAUUUGCCAGCCUGACGGCCGUAUCCCAGCCAAUUGCAGCGGCAGUUCGGUCACCUGACAGGAACCUCAUACUGAACACUGGCUCCAACCCAGGAACAAGCCCUAUGUUCUGCAGCGUGGGUUCCUUCGGUGCCGGCUCUUUGUCUAGUUUGGGAGCCUCUGGUGGGGCAAGUACUUGGGAUUCCUACAGUGACCAUUUCACCAUUGAGACGUGCAAGGAGACAGAUAUGCUGAACUACCUCAUCGAGUGUUUUGACCGAGUUGGAAUAGAGGAAAAAAAAGCACCAAAGAUGGGCAGCCAGCCAGCAGUCAGCCAGCUUCUGAGCAACAUCCGCUCACAGUGCAUAUCCCAUACUGCAUUAGUCCUGCAAGGCUCCCUCACACAACCAAGGUCCCUGCAGCAGCCGUCCUUCCUGGUGCCGUACAUGCUGUGUAGGAAUCUCCCGUAUGGCUUCAUUCAAGAACUGGUGAGAACCACUCACCAGGAUGAAGAGGUGUUCAAGCCGAUCUUUAUCCCCAUUUUACAAGGCCUGGCUCUUGCUGCCAAAGAGUGCUUCCUCGAUAGUGACUACUUUAAAUACCCCCUCAAGGCUUUAGGUGAGCUCUGUGAAACCAAGUUUGGAAAGACACACGCUGUGUGCAAUUUGGUUGCUUCUUUGCCAUUGUGGUUACCUAAAUCCUUAAGCCCUGGCUCUGGGCGGCAGCUACAGAGACUCUCGUAUCUGGGGGCUUUCUUUAGCUUCUCAGUCUUUGCAGAAGAUGAUGCGAAAGUGGUUGAAAAAUAUUUCUCAGGCCCUGCCAUUACCCUGGAAAACACGCGCGUGGUGAGCCAGUCACUGCAGCAUUACUUGGAGCUGGGAAGGCAAGAGCUUUUCAAGAUUCUGCACAGUAUUUUGUUAAAUGGUGAGACCCGCGAGGCUGCUCUUGGUUACAUGGCAGCUGUCGUCAAUGCCAACAUGAAGAAAGCACAGAUGCAGACAGAUGACAGAUUGAUAUCUACUGACGGAUUUAUGCUGAAUUUCCUUUGGGUGCUGCAGCAGCUAAGUACAAAGAUCAAGUUGGAGACGGUUGACCCCACGUACAAAUUCCACCCGAGGUGUCGGAUUACUCUUCCCAGCGACGAGACGAGAGUGAACGCCAUGAUGGAGGAUGUGAAUGGCUGGCUGACCGAACUUUAUGGAGAUCAGCCUCCAUUUUCUGAGCCGAAGUUCCCUACGGAAUGCUUCUUUCUUACCUUGCACGCCCACCACCUCUUGAUUCUGCCAAGUUGCCGUCGCUACAUCCGCAGACUCCGGGCCAUCCGGGAGCUCAACAGAACCGUGGAAGAUUUGAAAAAUAAUGAAAGCCAAUGGAAAGACUCCCCACUGGCAACUAGACACCGCGAAAUGCUGAAGCGCUGCAAAACUCAGCUUAAGAAACUGGUACGAUGCAAGGCCUGUGCUGAUGCCGGAUUACUUGUUGAGAGCUUCCUGAGAAAAUGUCUGAACUUCUACGGCCUUUUCAUUCAGCUGCUGCUCCGCAUCCUGGACCCUGCCUACCCCGAUGUAACACUGCCUUUAAAUUCAGAUGUCCCCAAGGUAUUUGCCGCAUUGCCUGAGUUUUAUGUAGAAGAUGUUGCUAAAUUUUUAUUUUUUAUUGUACAAUACUCUCCUCAGGUGCUUUAUGAGCCCUGCACUCAGGAUAUUGUGAUGUUCCUCGUUGUGAUGUUGUGUAACCAGAACUACAUCCGAAAUCUGUAUCUGGUGGCCAAACUGGUAGAAGUCAUGUUUAUGACCAACCCUGCUGUUCAGCCACGGACCCAGAAGUUUUUUGAAAUGAUUGAGAACCAUCCUCUCUCCACCAAGCUGUUGGUCCCCUCCCUGAUGAAGUUUUAUACAGAUAUUGAGCAUACCGGAGCCACCAGCGAGUUCUACGACAGGUUCACCAUUCGCUAUCAUAUUAGCACCAUUUUUAAAAGCCUUUGGCAAAACAUAGCUCACCAUGGCACCUUUAUGGAGGAGUUCAAUUCUGGGAAGCAGUUUGUGCGCUAUAUAAACAUGCUGAUAAACGACACAACGUUUCUGCUCGAUGAAAGUCUGGAGUCUCUGAAGCGGAUCCACGAGGCGCAGGAAGAGAUGAGGAACAAGGAGCAGUGGGACCAGCUGCCCUGAGACCAGCAGCAGGCCCGCCAGUCCCAGCUCGCUCAGGACGAGCGCCUUUCGCUCUCCUAUCUUGCCCUGGCGACGGAAACCAUGGACAUGUUCCAUAUCCUCACCAAGCAGGUCCAGAAGCCGUUCCUCAGACCCGAACUUGGACCCCGAUUGGCUGCGAUGCUGAACUUUAAUCUUCAGCAGCUCUGUGGUCCUAAGUGCCGUGACCUGAAAGUUGAAAACCCUGAGAAAUAUGGCUUUGAACCAAAGAAGCUACUGGACCAACUGACGGAUAUUUACUUGCAGCUGGACUGUGCCCAGUUCGCUAAAGCCAUUGCUGUUGACCAGAGAUCCUACAGCAAAGAGUUGUUUGAAGAAGUCAUUUCAAAGAUACGGAAGGCAGGGAUCAAAUCCACAAUAGCGAUAGAGAAGUUUAAACUUCUGGCCGAGAAAGUGGAGGAGAUUGUGGCCGAGAACGCGCGCGCAGAAAUCGACUACAGUGACGCCCCAGACAAGUUCAGAGACCCUGUGAUGGACACCCUGAUGACUGACCCCGUGCGGCUGCCCUCCGGCACUGUCAUGGACCGCUCCAUCAUCCUGCGGCACUUUCUGAACUCCCCCACAGAUCCCUUCAACCCACAGACGCUGACAGAGAGCAUGCUGGAACCAGUGCCAGAGCUGAAAGAACAGAUUCACGCCUGGAUGAGAGAGAAACAGAACAGUGAGCAUUAAACCAUCCCCCUUGCCCACCCCCUGCUAGAAACAGCCAAGGCCAGCUACGCAAGCAGGAGCAGCAUUGGUGGUGCAAAUGCUGUGCACAGGUUGGAGGCCAGAAGUGGCAACACACACCAAGAGCCCACCCAGAGUGACCAAACAGUGCAGACCUGAAAGGACAUGAGUAAGAAGAGGAGCCCAAUUCCUGUACAUAUAUUUAAGUGACAAACAUGGUCAAAAGCUUGAGGGACAUGUUUUUACGGUUGCUUGUGUCAUAGAGCACGUCCUUCAGAUGUCAAAAUUUGGGGCUUUUGCAAUGAAAGUCUUUUAGUGAUUGAUGACAAAUGGGUCUGGGCAGCAUCCCCUUCAUCUUUUUUUUUUCCCCCUAAAUCCAAUAUCCGUUGAUUUUGAUUGUGAUUAGAGAACCUUGGACAUUUUGCUGCUAAGAAUCUUCCCCCCUCCCCACCCCUUCCUGAUCCUACUUGCACUGCUGUGGAUUUUUUUUUAAGAGAAGCAAAAGCAAAAAUAAACUCUUUUCCCUGGCCCUCCAAAGAUAUAUUCUGUGAGAUAACUGUGCCUGCAACAAAGUGUUAAUCCUGGGAUCGUAUUUUUAUAUCAUAUUCACAUAUUUGUUUUUUUAAUUGGUGUUAGAUGACAUGAUUAAUAAAAAAA